AUGACUUCGGAAAUUGUUCAGAAAAACCUAUUGAGUGUUUUGAAAACCAUAACUGAACUGUUAACAAUUUCAUCGGCCACUGUGCGGACAAAGAGGUGCCAACUUGUUGCUGUUAGCAAGUUUAAACCAGCCGAACUUAUCGAAGCUUGUUAUGAAAAAGGACAACACCAUUUUGGGGAAAAUUAUGUCCAAGAACUCUUCGAAAAAUCGAACUUAUUAAAGGAAAGAUGUCCAGAUAUUCGAUGGCAUUAUAUUGGCCAGGUCCAAUCGAAUAAAAUUCCAAAAAUCUGCGAAUCUCCGGGACUUUAUUGUGUAGAAACGGUGGAAAGCGAAAAGCAUGCGACGAUUUUUGACAAAGAAUGGAGGAAACGAAAUCAGGAAGAUAAACUUCGUGUUCUAGUCCAAGUCAACACGUCAGGAGAAGAAAACAAAGGUGGAAUCAGUAUAUCGGAAGCCACAAAAUUGGCCGAUUUUAUCAGAAAUAAUUGUUCCAGUCUUAUGUUCAGCGGUUUCAUGACAAUUGGCUCCUUCGAACACAGCCACUCCGACGGUUUGAAUCCAGACUUCGAAGCUCUCUUCGAAAUAAGGAAAGAAUGGGCCGCCCAAGCAAAUUUGCCAGAAGAUUCUGUGGAAUUAUCGAUGGGAAUGAGCGACGAUUUCGAACAAGCCAUUAUUCAAGGAAGCACUAGUGUCCGGAUGGACGGGUUUCGAAAUAAUUUGCUUGCUACAAUUCGCGCAGUGAUGACUCACGAACGUCUGAAUGAAUCUUCAAUGUCUUCCUGGAAUGGAAAUGCGACUAAAGGAUGCGAAAUCACAUUUAAUGGGGUUGCGCGAGGUGUUGAGAGAACUUCUGGAGUAAUUGUGCAAAUUUUCGAAGCGAGAAAUGGAUCGUUUGAAGCAAUUUUAAAUACCUAUAUUAUUAAAGAUGACUUAAGAAGCUUGAUCAAAUCCUCCACUGUUACUCAAAACUCUACUCUUUCUGACGACAUUUCUAAUAUUUUGUCCCCUCUGAUUUUGGCCCUAUCGGAAUCCUUCUCCCUCCAUCAUAUUUUCAUGAUCGAUGAGAUUCGUGAGAAAGUUCUUCGAUCACUUGAUCCAUCAUCGGCUGCUCAUUUGGCGGCAACUAGUAAAAGUGUGCGCAACAGUUUGGUCAAUUCGCGUGUUGAUAAUACCUACUGGAAACGAGAAUUGUCGAAGUCGCGGAAAUUUGGAAUUUCAAGAAAAGACAAAUUGAGCUAUCGAUUGACAUAUGGUGAAGAAGCAAUGAAAAAGAAGGAUUCGCGAAAGAGAACAGAUUCGUCUAACCUUCUUGUGGAACAAAGGUACGCACCACCGGUUCGUCAGCCAUACAUGCCUCAUCCAUUCGGAAUUCCUGACCCAGAUGCAGAAUUUAUGCCGGAUCGUUUCGAUCCACUAAAUCCGAUACCAAAUCCUCGCAUGCCAUUAGGUGGUCCCCGUAUGCCAUUAGGAGGGCCCCACAUUGACCCAUUUUCUGGAGGACGCCUUGGUGGAAAUGCAGAUCUCGAUCCGUUUGGUGAUCCGAUGAAUCGUGAAAUGUUCCGUCCAAGUCGUGGUGGCGGUGGUACCGGCGGAGGAUUUUCUGGUGGUCAUUUCCAGCGACACGAUUAUAUUUAA